UUUUGAUAGGAAGAAAAAUUUUCCGUCGCUUACUUUCUUUAAUUUAUUACCUCUGUACAUCGUUGAAUCCGCAUCUCGAGCACAUCGUAACGCGAGCCUGGAUGCCUGUCGAGUGGAUCGCCACAAAAACAAUCGAAAAUCCAAAAGUUAACGUGCAUUAGACAAUAUAGUAAUACGAUGCUGGGCUCCAAUUUAGUUGUUCCAGUGGUUCUUUGGGGACCAAAUACCUUAACGCACUGCAUUUCGAGCAUAUAUCUCACGGACGACAAAAAAUCCAUAGUUUCGGGAGCUUAUGAUGGACAAAUCGUCAUUUGGCAAAUUGAUGAUGCAACACAAAAGAUGACUCCGCGCUAUUUGCUGAUAGGACACACGACUCCCGUUUUGUGUAUCUCGAAGGCUUCGAUCCUGCCUGACUACAAUUACAUCGUGAGUUCGUCAGAAAGUGGCGAAAUGUGUUUAUGGGACUUGGUUGACGGCAAAUGUCUUGAAACGGUGAAAAUUCCUCAAGUUCACACAAAUUUGCAGGCGUAUCAGAUGAGCGGAUGCGAUGAUAUUCGACUCUUUUGCAACGGAUAUUACGUCGAAAUUCUCAUCAUGGAUCCCUUUAGUUUGGAAAUUCUCUUUUCGCUGACGUCAAAAGUGAAUCCCGAUUGGAUUUCAGCUCUUCAUGUGCUUCGCCCGUGCAAACGCAAAGACGACGUUGUGUUGGCGAUCACGACAACGGGCGUCGUAAAAGUCUGGACCCUCGUUGGCAACGAAAACAAAUAUUCCGAGCCGAUUUACGAGAACGAAUCCAAGCAAAUUCGCUGCUUGAAUGCCAUCAGUAUGAAAUGUUGUGCGAAAAAUCAACGAACUGUCCUGAUUGUUUGCGCGAAAUAUUGGCAAAUUUAUGACGCCGGAGACUUUACGAUACUUUGCAGUGUGAUUGCCCCGUCGGGAGAACGUUGGAUGGGCGGCGACUUUAUUUCGAGUGAUCGGGUGUUGCUCUAUUCGGACGACGGAAAAGGAUAUAUUUAUCGGUUGCCGGCAAAUAGUGUUCCGGAGAAUAAGGAUUUUCAUCAACCUUCGGUGAAUCACGACUCGCCAAUGUUGUAUUGCAUGUUAGCGACGCGAGAUGGGAAACCGUUGUCUUGCCCGCCCGCAAUUCAAGUUUCAAUAACGGAAGUUGACGAAAAACGGCAGUUUUCAUUGAUCAAAGGUGACUCGGAAGGACAUAUCACGAUAUGGAAAGUGCCUGAUUUCACAACGGAAGGCAUUAAAGCGAUCGAAGAUGCGAAGAAGGGACCUCAAAUCGUCAAAUCAAGUUUCUCAACAAGUCUUUUGGAAGCAUGGCGUAUUUUGGAUCCUCCUUCAAUUGGCAUCUUAGAUCAACUAAAUGAACCGCAAGAGAGCAUAAUUAAAAUCACAGCGAGUACUUAUCUGCCUCAACAAAGCAGAUUAGUUGUUGGAAGAGACGAUGGUUCAAUUAUAAUUGUUCCCGCAACGCAAGUUAUUGCUAUUCACUUACUUAAAGGUCCUCAUCAAUUGAAUGGAUGGCCUCCGCAUCAAGUACUUCAAGGACACGAUGGACGAGUAAAUUGUCUCCUUUGCCCUUCCUUGACAGAUCCACGUUAUGACAAAUCGCAUUUGGUAUCUGGCGGUGUGGAUUUCUCGGUUUGUUUGUGGGAUUUGUACAGCGGUAAUUUGCUGCACAGAUUCUGUACUCAUGCGGGAGAAAUUACGCAGCUGCUUGCUCCUCCGGGAUCGUGUAGCCCUCGUAUUCAAAAAUGCAUCUGUUCCGUCGCCUCAGAUCAUUCCGUAGCUUUGCUCAGUUUACAAGAACGAAAAUGCAUUACGCUCGCAAGUCGUCAUUUAUUCCCCGUUACGAACAUCAAAUGGCGCCCUCAUGAUGAUUUCCUCAUUGUUGGUUGCUCCGACGGCACCGUUUACAUUUGGCAAAUGGAAACGGGGCAUCUCGAUCGUGUCCUUCACGGGAUGUUGGCGGAAGAAGUAAUGAAUGCAUGUGACGAAAAUGCUGAAGAAAUUGGCGGAAGCGGAUCUUUGACGGAUUCAGGAAUGGCAAAUCCCGCUGUUCACUUCUUCCGUGGUUUGCGACAUCGAAAUUUGACGGCAAUCAAGCACGCAACGCAACGAGGCAUUCAUCAAUUGCAACAAUUGCACGGGCAUAACCAGAUGGAUAUGAAUUUCCUCAUGAAAAAUCGAAGUAGUCCGUUAAUUAUUCAAGGAAUUCGAACGAAUCCUCAAGAUGCGGAAAGUCACAUUUUGUUCUUUGACAUCGAAGGACUCAUUUUCGAGUUGCACAGCGAAGAAUAUGCAAAAAUGGUUCAAAGUACGAUUGAAGCAGCUCAAAAGAAUGAACAUCAUUCAGAUGCAGGAAAGAAAAUUUCAGAUUUCUUGGGGCGUGUAAAAGCAAAAGCGAGUGAUGCUGAGAAGAUUUUAAAAGACAAAGAUAAGCACGGAAUAUUAGCAAAAGUCAAAGAAGGUGCUGAAAAUAUCGGUACAAAAGUACAAGCGAAAGUCGAAUCCGUCGUGAAGAACAUCGAAAACGCUAAUAAAGAUAACGGAGCAGCUAAUUUACAGUCACUUUCACGCAUGGAAACGACUCACGUGAUGGAAGUUGCUCAACUAAUCCUUUCGUUGAUCCAUUCAUGGGGUCUCGAUUCGAAGCUCGAUGCAAUUUGUGAGGAAGAACUCGGUCUUCUUCGUCCUACAGUUCCCGUUUCCUUUGGCGUACUCUCGAAAGGCGGUUACAUGUCACUCUUAUUACCAACAUGGCAGAACUCGUUGAUGCAAAAUCGCGACAAACAUCCGGAAUUGAAGACACAAAAUGACUUGAACACUCUUUUCACGUCUCGCUUGCAUUGGGAAUUGAGUGCAACGAUGACUUCGAAUCACUUGUUGACGAUGGUUGCGUUAUCGAACACCCUCAUGUCGAUGAAUAUGGCGUCAUUUUUGGAGAAAUAUCGCGCAUUGGAGGCAGCAGCGGCUGCAAAUGCCGAAGAAUCGCACGACAAACUCGUGAAUCAGCAACAAACGCAAAUCAAACAAGGCUGGAGCUUGUUGUCGACGCAUCAUUGCUUGACGUUGCCCGAAAAAAUUUCAACGUUAGAGGUUAAGAGCUUCCAAAAGCCUCAAGUUGAGAUGAUGGCACGACGAUGGCAACAUCAUUGCAUCGAAAUUCGUGAAGCGGCGCAACAUUUGCUGUUGGGCGAGUUGAAGCGAAUGGGCAAAAAAGGCAGAAAACAACUCGUUGAGUCAUGGGCGCAGUUUUUGCCGCUUUACACACACACCGAACCAAUUGCACCUCAAAACGCGACAAAUAACCAAAAUAAUUCGGGUCCCGGAUCGCCGGCAAAUGAACCAGCAGAAGAGGAAUUCGACGAUGAGGACGAAGAAGAAAUUGCGAUUCGAAAACCUUCGAGUUUGUCAGAGUUGAAACGGAAACAGAGCACAGCAGUUGUGCUUUUGGGCAUUUUGGGCGCUGAAUUUGGGCAAGAAAUCUCAAAUGAAGUGCCGCAAAACGUAAAAAAGCCUGCGAUUGAUCAACGACGAGCCAGUUCAACAUCGGAAAUAUUCGGCGGAAAUAAUAGUUUGCCUCGAUUAACUGCUUUGGCAUUAGCUCAUCUUGUUUUGGCGCCAACUUCGCCCAAAUUGCCCGCUUUUACGCCCCUUCGACGUGCCGCCAUUGAUUUAAUUGGUCGCGGAUUCAUCGUAUGGGAGCCCUAUUUGGAUGUCAGCAAAGUUUUGUUGGGACUUUUGGAGCUUUGUUGCGACUCACAUCACUUGUUACCGAGUUUGAAUUACAAAUUACCCCUAAAUCCGCAGGCAGAUGCAUGUCGAACGGCCCGUUAUUCCAUUCGAGCCAUCGCCACAGCACGUCCCGCUGUUUUUAUCACGACAAUGGCGCGCGAAGUUGCUCGUUACAAUGCCGCGCAACAAAACGCCCAAGCGUUGAGUGUUCCUCUCACGCAAUCAGUAUUAUUCCGUGCGAAAUCCGAGAUUCUGCAGUGCAUCGAAGAGCUCAUCGAAAAGAUGCAAGCACUCGUGGCGAGUCUCCUCAUCGAAGCAACCGACAUUAUUUUGCAUUGUGUCGACAUGCAUGACCUCAAAACGAAGGGAUUACAAGAAGUUUGUCCCGCAUUGUGCAAAUACAACCAAGUUUCGCAUUGCGGCGUGUCACGAAGAAUCGCCACGGGAGCAACGAACGGACAUUUAGCAGUUUACGAGUUACGACAAAGCAAGUGUCAGAUGAUUCCCGCGCAUUCGCAUCCCGUUACAGCACUCGCUUUCAGUCCCGAUGGCAAAAAUCUCGCAAGUUAUUCGUGCGAAGAGAACAAAUUGGCAUUCUGGCAAACGAGUACAGGCAUGUUUGGUUUGGGCUCGUCACAAACGAAAUGCGUCAAAAGUUAUUCCACAGCGCCCAUUCCCGACGUUUCACGCUUCAAUCCGAUGCGUUUAGCAAAAUUGAUAUGGAUUAGCAACAAAAUCGUUACUCUCAUGUUGGCUGAUGGCUCGGAGACGCGAUUCAAUAUCUAAAGAAAAAAAAAAGUUUAGGAGAAAAAAAGUUAUUGAUGUUAUGAAAAAUUUAUUAUUAUUAUUCAUGUUUCACAAAAUGUUGAAGUCUUAUUAUUAUUAUUAUUAAAACGCAGUCACAGUUGCAAUAAAGGAUGAUUAUUAACUUCAA